AUGACAUCUUUUAAGUCUUAUAUAAGAGAGCUGGCUAAGGAAGUUGUUGAACUUUUGACCACUGCUGCAGAUGGUGCUAAAUCUUUGAUUGAUGCUAGUGAUAGGCUGAUAUUAUAUGUUGAAUUAGCUCGAUUAUAUGGUACUCUUGGUUAUGAGCGUAAGGCGGCGUUCUUUUCAAGGCAGGUAGCUCAGUUAUAUUUGAAACAAGAAAAUAAGUUGGCUGCUAUUAGUGCUAUGAAUGUUUUGGCAUUGACAACAAAAGCAUAUCGUGUUCAGAGUACAACAUCUGUUUCUAGAUCUUCUGUUGUAAAAGAGGCUGGAUCAGGUCAUGCUGAUAGCACAAAAAUGUUGCACCAGGCCGUAAUCUCUCUUUUUGAGUCUCAAUGGAGCACCCUGCAAAUUGUUGUACCGAGAGAGAUUCUGUUAUCUGUUGUCCGUGCUGGAGAUCCUCUUGCUGCCUGGAGUGCAGCUGCACGGCUGCUUAGGUCAUAUUAUCCUUUAAUUACACCUGUAGGGAAAAAUGGUCUUGCUAGUGCACUUUCAAAUUCAGCUGAUAGGCUGCCUUCUGGAACACGCUUUGCUGAUCCUGCUCUACCUUUCAUUAGAUUGCAUUCUUUUCCCCUUCAUCAAUCACAAAUGGACAUUGUUAAGCGGAAUUCAGCUAAAGAAGAUUGGUGGGCUGGAUCAGCUCCUUCUGGACCUUUUAUAUAUACACCAUUCAGCAAAGGAGAGCCAAAUAACAACAGUAAACAGGAGUUGAUUUGGGUUGUUGGGGAACUUGUUGAAGUUUUGGUUGAGUUAGCAAACCCUUGUGGCUUUGAUUUGAGGGUCGAUAGUAUUUAUCUGUCUGUGAAUUCAAGAAAUUUUGAUCCUUUCCCUGUUACUGUUAAUCUUCCAACUAAUUCCUCAAAGGUUAUUGCCUUGUCUGGGAUUCCAACAUCAGUGGGGCCUGUGACAAUUCAUGGGUGCACUGUCCACUGCUUUUGA